AUUACCAAAAUGAGGGAAAUUGUACAUAUGCAGGCCGGCCAGUGCGGCAACCAGAUUGGUGCUAAGUUCUGGGAGGUUAUUUCUGAUGAACACGGAAUUGACCCUACCGGUACAUACCACGGAGAUUCUGACCUUCAGUUAGAGAGGAUCAACGUGUACUACAAUGAAGCCACAGGAGGCAAGUAUGUUCCCCGAGCUGUCUUGGUUGAUCUGGAGCCCGGAACCAUGGACUCUGUCAGAUCUGGUCCUUUUGGACAAAUCUUCAGACCAGACAACUUUGUGUUCGGACAGAGUGGUGCUGGAAACAAUUGGGCUAAGGGACAUUACACAGAAGGUGCUGAGCUUGUAGACUCUGUCCUUGAUGUGGUACGAAAAGAAGCAGAGAGCUGUGAUUGUCUUCAGGGAUUCCAGCUUACACAUUCUCUUGGCGGUGGUACCGGCUCCGGCAUGGGAACACUCCUCAUCUCCAAAAUCCGUGAAGAAUACCCCGACAGGAUCAUGAACACCUUCUCAGUAGUACCAUCACCCAAGGUAUCAGACACAGUUGUCGAGCCAUACAACGCCACCCUCUCCGUCCACCAACUUGUCGAGAACACAGACGAGACCUACUGUAUCGAUAACGAGGCUCUCUACGACAUCUGCUUCCGUACCCUAAAACUGACUACACCCACAUACGGUGACUUGAACCAUCUCGUCUCCGCCACCAUGUCCGGAGUCACCACCUGUCUCCGAUUCCCUGGUCAACUGAAUGCCGAUCUCCGUAAAUUGGCUGUCAACAUGGUUCCCUUCCCCCGUCUCCAUUUCUUCAUGCCUGGUUUCGCCCCUCUUACAUCUCGUGGUAGCCAGCAGUACAGGGCUCUUACCGUCCCAGAGCUGACCCAACAGAUGUUCGACGCCAAGAACAUGAUGGCUGCCUGUGAUCCUCGUCAUGGACGUUACCUGACCGUCGCCGCCAUGUUCCGUGGACGUAUGUCCAUGAAGGAAGUUGAUGAACAGAUGUUGAACGUCCAGAACAAGAACAGCAGCUACUUCGUUGAAUGGAUUCCAAAUAAUACCAAAACCGCCGUCUGUGACAUCCCACCACGUGGUCUGAAGAUGUCUGCUACCUUCAUUGGUAACAGCACCGCCAUCCAGGAGCUCUUCAAGCGUAUCUCCGAGCAGUUCACAGCUAUGUUCCGUCGUAAGGCUUUCUUGCAUUGGUACACUGGUGAGGGUAUGGACGAGAUGGAGUUCACCGAGGCCGAAUCCAACAUGAACGACUUGGUGUCCGAAUACCAACAGUACCAGGAUGCCACCGCCGAGGAGGAGGGAGAGUUCGAGGAGGAAGGCGAAGAAGAUGCUUAAAUCUAGGGAAUAAGUUCACAACAACAUAAUGAUAGCUGAAGAAGAGACAGAGGAUGCAUAGACACCUACGACUAAAUAUAAAACUUCGCAUAGACAUAAUAAAUUUGUGGGGAAAAAUAAACUUCCCUGGGCAUCAAAUAAGUUUUGAACUAUAACAUCACAAAUUAUCUGAAAUACAAAUAAAAAAUUACAAUGUAAAAUGCAUUUGUAACAAAGUGCAGAGAAAGUCGUGUUUGUAUC